CACACUUGAAUCCAUUCAUCCUCCAUUCCCCGUUCGCCCUCUGUCGCUCGAUCGGUCUCUCUCCCCCUACACGUGCGGCCCUGCGGCCCCUCUAUCUGUGACACACCCCUCCAUCCCUCAAGGCACGUCAGUCAGUAUCUGGUCAGCAACACAGUCCGUCCGCCCAUCUUUUCUGUCUUCCCCACUGCAGCAGGCAGCCAGUCAGUCAGAUAUAGAGGUAGAGGUAGAGUCAGGCAGCCAAUCCAAUCCAAUCCACCGCACUUGACAAAUGACGGGAGCGAAUACAGAAAACAGCCGUAAGAGUGUCCGUCCGUCCGUCCGUCCGUCCGUCCAGGCAGUGACAAACAAAUACACACGACAACUGCAGCCCAGCCCAGCCUGCCUAGAUCAGAUCAGACACACACAGACCACAUACAUACCUGCCCACCCUCACAUGCCAUGUCAUGCCCCUCCCCAGCCACCCAACGCACGGCACGGUAUGCCCCCAGCUGUCCGAGUUAGCCAGCCAGCCAGCCAAAGAUCCUCUCCCGGAAAAAUACAACGGCCUCGCCACGCCACGCCUCGCAAGCAGAGACUAACCGCAAGCAGCUCGCCGCCCCUCGACCUGACUGACGUGACGCGACGAACAUCUGAGGCAACCAACCAACACCAAGAGCGGGUGAGCAUCGUGUUGUUGUGCGCCCGUCUGCCUGUCUGUCUGUCUGUCUGUCCAUGGACGCGUACGGACCGUCAAGUCAGUCAGUCAGUCAGUCAGUCACGCGACAACGGCUUUUGGCUCGCUGGGGAUACCAUUCUGUUGCUCGCCCUUGUCUUGUGCUGCAGUCAUCACACACACACACACACACUGAGCCGUGUCACUCUGUCUUUGUGUGAGUGCGUCAUCACAUCUGGCUGCCUCCCGUGUCGGUCGUCUCACCGGUCGGCUGCAGCUUGCGCAGUGCCUCGAGGUGCUGCUCCAGCUGCUUCUGCCGCUCCUCCUUGGCCUUGAUGAAAGAAAUGACGGUUCCAUGCGACUCCUCAGCCUGGCGCACCACCUCAGCCAGGUUGGUGCGCUGCUCAAAUGACUCUUGACACAUGACAACAGAGGGAGACAGGGGGGGAAGGAUGUGUGGUGUGUUGUCUGUGGACGGGCGACUGACUGACUGACUGACCGGUUCGUUCGAUCUUCUCCUCCACCUCCCUUUCAAACUCGGUCUCGUCGUGCUCGGCCACCCGCAGCAGACCGAUGUAGUUCUUACACUGAAUGAGAGAGUGAUUGAACCACACACAACACACGACACAGGCACACACACACACACACACACACACACAAAGACAGACAGACAGACAGGUGGGUGUGAAGGGGGACCGUCUUUGGUUGUUUCUGGCUGUCGGCUGACCUCUUUGAUUUCUGCUUCGGUCUCUUGGACUGUCGUUGGCAGAGCCGGCACGGCGGCCUCUGCGGACUUCUUGGUGCAGCCUGAAGGUGUGUUGCCCAUCGGGGGUAAGGCUCGUUGCUCAGAUGAAUCCGACCCUCGUGUCAGACCUGAUUGGCACAUGCGGCCACAGCGAUGGUUGCUUUGUGUGCAUCUCUUUGUUUCGGUGCAUGGGUGUCGUACCACAACCAACACGACGCGCGGAACCGGAUGACGCAAUGUUUUGUGUCGCCCUCCCUUGAGCUUGCAAACCCUCUAGUGUCAACUCACCUGACAGCUGUGUAGCGAUGCCCAAUACGCUCCAGAUGCUGUGGGCAAGCUGAUCUAUUCGUUCAUCAGGAUGUGUGUUCGAUCCUGCUGUGAUGAUGCUCCAACACGCACGGAGAUCGUCCCUCGAGCUCUGCCCUGCCUGACCGCUCUUAUCGUCAGCAUCAU